CAUGGAUUAAAAUCCCAGAUACUACUGCAUCGCAUGUCAUACACCCCAUUUUUUUGAUCCCUACGAUAUUCAAAACCUCAUCCACACCAACAUCAUCAUCGUCGUCUGGAUUCAUGAUCAGAUCUUCUUCAUUCUUCUCCCCCUUGCGGAAAUGUCCAAGACACAGCGUCGUUCGCUACAAUCGAUGCCCCGCUGUUGUACCCUGAAAGAUACGGAAGACUAACGCAAAACAUAUAAAAGUCCCACUUCCACAAAGAUAACCAUGUCACAGUCAACAGGGCCUCCUGUGCCAAGGGCACCAGGGAGCUUUUCUCCAAUUGUGCAACAGGCCUCAACGACUCAACGACUCCCGCUGCGAAGAGUUGAGUCCUCGUCGUCGGAAGAUUUACCUCUACCUCCAUCCCUUUCCAGCAAAGUUCGUCCACAGUCGCAGAAUGCGCCUGCCCCUCCACGACCUUUCUACGCCCAAUCAACCAAGAGCAACUCAAGCACCACCAGUCUACAAAACUUCUCGCGACCAACCCUCGCACAAGUAAGAACUGAUAUUGGCGGUACGCCAUUGAGGAAUGCAUCACCUCUCACUCCUGUAGCUCCAAAAUCAUCGCUUAGCGAUUUCAAGGGUCACGGGCGCAAGCAUUCACAAACUCAAGGUUCUUUUGAGCCUUACUUGCCAACAGCCGCAUCAUCCAAUUUGGGAAGUAUGUCGAAUUUAAACACUGGAAUUUCUGCGAGUCACAUAGCUGCUCAGGCUGCUAUGCAACACCAAUCACAACAUGCGCGCCAAAGAUCCCAGACUGUACCGACUCCACAAUUGGAUAACUCGUCGAAUGACUCUGAAAGUCGCAGACCUUCAAAAGGUCCUAUUUCACCACCUUUAUUGAGUUUGACAGAAGCUUCAGCUCCGAGGGAUCCUUCAUUCGGUGGACAAGGGUAUCACAAUGGAUUGCUUGGGGGAGGAUCGAGUGCGGCUCAAACAGCUGCAAGUGUUGUGUUUUCAAAAUCCCCUGGAUCAUCACCAGCAUUGACAUCCACGGAAUAUGAACAACGAAACCAAGCGCAUGCUCAGGCUCAAGCAAAAGCGCAAGCUCAAGCCCAGUUGCAGGCGCAAGCACAGCCUCCGACGCAGGUACAAACCGAAAAGCCUGCUAAAACAGAAAAGUCUAAAGUCAAAUUAUUCUCGAGGCCUGGAAAGAUUGGUAUAAGCAAGGAUAAAGAAGUAAAAUCUGGAGCUCUUCCAAGUCCUAGUAUGCUUGCUUCUGUAAAUUGAAUAUGAGGAAUAUGCAAAACUGACCACUACGUAGGUGCUUUAGGUUCCGCAAGUAUGUACAGCAUGGCGAAUUCUUCCUCGGCGACGAUACGACCAAUUGAUACACCACAACCAGAAAAGGAGAAAGACAAGGAGAAACAUAAACACCACUUUUUAUCUCGGCAGAAACACAAGCUGAGCAGUAAAGACGAUCAUCAUCUACCAUUAUCAUCAGCGGCAUCAAACUCCAAACCUGUGGAUCCUAGUGCACCGAGCAGUCUAUAUAAUUUCAACCUUCCACCAAGUCCAGGUCCUACAUCUACAAGUUUUGCAAAGAGCAUGAGCGGUUUGGACCUAAGGCAUGGUGGAAGGGCAUUGAGAGAGAAGAAAAAGGAAGAGAAAAGUGAAACGUUGAGAGAAGGAGAGUUAUCAUAUCAAAAUAGUAACGAAUGGCCUGGACCAUCUAGUCUUGGUUCGGCAGGGGCAGCGUCAUACUUAGGUCCCGCGGGUGUAGGCUAUCCUUCCAGCACUUUUGGACCUGACACAUCGGAUUUGGGAAAAUAUGGAUUGAACAACAUGGCAGCAGAUGAUGCAUGGCCAUUCUUAAAAGCAAAAUUAUUGGUUAUAUUUGAGGGCGAAGAUCUAAGGUUGUGUGUGGAGGAUCUCAAUCGUCUAGUCACGUAAGUCUUUUUAUCCCUUCAUAGAUCUUACUGGACUGACAAUAUUACAGCACCCAUAUCCAGCGAUGUAUACAAAAAAGAUGCCCAAGUUCUAUUUUAGACGAUCUAAGAGAGUUACUCGAAACAGGCUUUAGAUCUCUUGACCAAACUUUACGUCGAACUCCCGAUGAUCGGCUAAUACCCCACCUCGUGGAAAUGUGGAUCUUUACUUUUACAUCCGUCCUCCCUUACAUGCAAGCCGUCUUCCUUCCACUUGAUCUCGAAUUUUCCGGCCAUGGCCCACUAAUGUCACCAGAAGCAGCACGCGAGGCCUGGGGUACCCUUCCUCCACCUCAACCCGACUCCUCUCCCAGUGUCCCUAAAAUUCGUCCGCUUGAGGUACGCAAAAUAGUCCUCAUUGCAUACCGCGACACAGUAAUUAUUCCUCGUUAUGAAAUCUUAAAGGGGCUAUUCUCACGUCUCUCACUCGAUUCAAUCAGUCUCAGCAUCCCUAACUCUGAUAUAAGAUCUAUUAGUCCAGAUAGCCAAGGAAGACCAGGUACAGCUAUCAGUUUAGAUCCCAGUCAUGGAUCUUAUUCUUCUCAAAAUACUACGCUUCUAGGAGGUGGUAGUUCGGCUGGUGAUGGUCCGGGUUCACGCUCACGGGCCAUCUCAAAUGUGAGUUAUGGUUCUGAGCAAUCCGCAGGUGGAGGCGGCGGUCUUGGUAUUUCCGGGAUGCCACCCCCUCCAAGACCUUUUACGCCAAGUACUACACAUCCUGCGGUGGGAUAUGGAUUGAGUGCUAGGGAGAGGAGACAGGCAAAUGUAGAAGAUUCUUCAAAGAAACUUACGGAGGCUGUGGGUAGAAUGUUACAGUGUAUGAGUGUGCUUAGUAGCGUGGGUAUACGAGCAGGAAAUGAUUCAAGUCAGGAGAAAAUGGAAGAUCUAGGACGUGGACUUAAGCUGAACUGGUUGGGAAGAGGUAGAACGGGCAGAAAUAGGAGGGGAUUGGUUGGUGGGAGAGUGGGACAAACAGUGGCGAAUUUGUGAUGAUACAUGAGUGUUCUACUCAUAAGAUUGAGGAGAAGUCAUACUAUUAGGUGUUUUGAUAUCUUUUGCUUUUGGUUGGGUCAUGAUGGGUAACUGGGGUGAAUGGGUAGGUGGGCAGUUAUAGGAUUUUCGAAUUUGGUGUUUGGUGGAAUCAUGUCUUCCGGCAUCGGUAUUGGUAUGGUAAAGGGUUGAGGGCUCUACCAAAAGUAUUUUUUACCUACACUUUCCAUCUGGUCUCGUUCGAAUUGCAUCAAAUGGAAUUCAAAAUAGAUGAGUGAGGACUCACAUUCACUAAAUGGUUUAGAUGGUUUGGAAUCUGGGUUGUGAAUCAAUUGCUUUGCUUUGGUUUACUUUGUAAGAUAUGAUGUGGAUAUGAUAGGGAUAUUGGCAAGAUAUGGUAUGGUGGAAUAUUUUUAUAUAUAUGGUCAUGCAUGAUAGAUGGAAAAAUGAGAAAAUAAGUACUUGAAGAUACAUAUCAACUGUUUGGUACCUAGAAAUAUGUAGAGAAAAUUGAAGAUUUGAGAUUUGAGAU